AUGGCGAGCUGCUCGAUCAAGUCAGCCGUGCGGGUCGCGCAAGGCAUGCUGAAGCGAGUUGAGUUCACUUCCAGGACCCUCGGCAACACACCGACCAUUUUUGCGGCCUAUUUGCCGGACACCACGGAGUUCAAGAAGCUACCAGUGGUGUACUGGCUUUCUGGCCUGACAUGCACGGAUGAGAACUUCUCCCAAAAAGCGGGCGCCUUCCAGGCUGCCUGCGACAACCAGGUUGUCCUGGUGAUGCCGGACACAUCGCCGCGCGGCGAUGGUGUGCCAGAUGAGGAGCCGCAUGCGUACGAUUUUGGCAUUGGAGCCGGGUUCUACUUGAACGCCACCACGGACAAGUACAAAACCCACUACAACAUGUAUGAUUUUGUGGUCAAGGAGCUUCCUGAGUUUGUGGAGGCGAACUUUCCUGUGACCUCCAAGCGGGCCAUCUCUGGCCACUCCAUGGGUGGCCACGGUGCCUUGACCAUCGGCAUGAAGAAUCCCGACAGGUACACUUCAGUGUCCGCCUUUGCCCCGAUCUGCAAUCCAAUGAAUGUUCCUUGGGGACAGAAAGCCUUCAAGCUGUACUUAGGGGAGGACCAGCAGGGCUGGAAGCAGUACGAUGCCACGGAGCUUGUGUCGCAGUACACAGGCAAGGACCUCCACAUCCUGUGCGACUGCGGGACAGGCGACAACUUUCUUGUGGGCGACGUGAACCAGCUGCAGCCAUUGGCCUUCAUUGCUGCUGCUCAGAAGUCGAAGGUCCCGGUCACCUUUAGGAUGCAGGCUGGCUACGACCAUUCGUACUACUUCAUGUCCACCUUCAUUCGUGAGCACUUGGAGCACCAUGCUCGCUUUCUGCAUGGCGGUGGUUACAGCGCGUGA